CAUUUUUUUCUGUUGUUUUCAAUUUGCUCGGUCAAUUGAUUGUCUUUACUUUUAAUGAUUAUUUAGUUUUCUUUUUCUAAUUUAUUCCUUUUUUUUCUAUCGAUUCUAGUUAAUCUAUUGUUCUACUGAAAGAAAUGUCUUCUAGAGUGGAUCCUGCUAGAACCUCUAAAGGAGAGAAAAAUCUUGGAAGUUUAUCCAAACAAUAUUCAUCCAGAGAUUUACCUUCACAUUUGAAACUUAAAUACAGACAACCUGGUCAAGGUACUUCAGAUGAACUGAAGAAUAAAGAUUUUAAGAGAGAAUUGGAAGAACGUGAAAGAUUGGCUAUAGCUGAGAAAGAAUCUCGUAAAGGAUCAUCAUCAUCUUCGUCAUCUUCGUCUUCGACUUCUUCAGCUUCUCGUUUAGCUUUACCUUCAUCUAAGAAGAUUAAGGUUGAGGUACCAGUUCAUGAUCCAGAUGCAGAUGAUAAAUUACCUGAUGAAGAUGAAGAUGAGGACAGUGAUGAAGAGGAAAGUGAUGAAGAUGAUACUGAAGAAUUAUUAGCUGAAUUAAAUCGAAUUAAAAAGGAAAGAGCUGCUGAAGAGGCGAAAAAAGAAGCUGAAAGAAAACAAAAUGAGGAAAAAAUUCGAAUGGAAAAUAUUCUCCGUGGAAAUCCUCUUUUAAGUUCCAAUAAGACUGAAUUUAAAGUGAAAAGACGAUGGGAUGACGAUGUUGUAUUCAAAAACUGUGCUCGUAGUGAAUCUGAUAAUAAGAACAAAACUUUCAUCAAUGAUACUCUUAGAUCAGAAUUUCAUAAAAAGUUCAUGGAAAAAUACAUCAAAUAGAAAUGGAAUUAUUUCUUCUUUACAUUUUGUAAACUAAAUCGUCUUGGAAUUUACUUUUCUCUUCACCAAUAAACUUAAAAACUCAUCAAA